CCGCGUCGGAUCACGUGUAGCGACGCACUUACACUUGCGCUUGCGCUUUCCACAUUAUUAUUGUUAUCAACGCUUAGUAUACACGUACUGUUUGAUCGUACUGUGAUCUGUGAUACAAUUUAGUAUUUUUAACGUUUAGUUUUCAACAUUAAAAUGGACACGCAAACGGAAUGGAGCUGAUGAUAGAAUUGUGUUAUUAUCCGUCAGUAUUAACAGUGAUAAAUAGUGAUAGUGAUCGACAUUGUGAUACACAGAUUUCGAGGACAAUCAAGGUACGAACAAUAUGAACUCGCUUCGUAGUACAAAAGCAACGUGAGGCUGGUUUGAAAGUAAAUCCGUGCAACAUGCCAAGACUGAGCUCGAUCGCUUUCGUCUAGUGAUUGAGCGAACCCGGACUGAACUAUUGACUGCUGGAGAUGCGGAUAGGAGAGUGGACUUUCAGUGCGUGUGUAUAAAAGCGAUGCAUGGUGUGUGAGAUCGGUGCCGCGGUCAUGGACAUGAGCGGAGAGGGCGGCGGCGCGGGGGCGAGCGCGCUGCAGCAGCGGUGGUACGAGAGCCGCCUUAACGGCAGCCCGGCCGCCGGCGACGUCAACGCGGAGACCAAUGGAGACGGCUUCUUCCAUUCUCCGCUCGAAGGGGGCCACCAUAGCCGCGCCCGCUACUACCAUCAACAGAUGCACGCCCCCUACUCGGCCGCUGUCGGUUCGCAUGGUCGAACGCUAAGCGGUAGCAGUGGGCAGGUGUGUCGGCCUCACUUCCAUACGCCGCUGCAUCCCUGGCUCGAGUCUAAGGCGCUGGGGAGCGGGGCGUGGGGAGGGGGCUUCCAACAAGAUGGUUCCUCAGGCGACAAACCGCUGUCACCAGCACAACACCCUCAUCCCCAUCCUUUGUUUUCAUUUCCUCCGACUCCUCCGAAAGACUCGACGCCGGACUCUGUGGCUGCGGCGGCUCUCGGUCAACAGGACUACCAGGCCGCGGUAGCGCAUGCCACAGCGAUGAGCGUCGCCUUCAUGCAGCAACAACAAGAGCUGCCCCUCUGCGGAGACGUCAAACCAAUGAUGGGCGCGCCGCCUUCCAAGCAGCGCGAAGGUGCGCAACCGGACUCUUGCGCUCAGGACACGAGUCAACCCUCCGGGGAAUACAACGCUCAGUACAAUGCCGCCGGCGGCGACUACUACAACUAUCAGGGGAAAGGUUAUAGCGGAGCGCAGCAGCAGAACAAGCCGCGACCGAACAAGACGCGAACUAGCGCCGCCUGCCAGGAGACAGAGGGUCGAGAGUGCGUCAACUGUGGGGCUACGAGCACUCCACUGUGGCGACGAGACGGCACCGGACACUACCUCUGCAACGCCUGCGGUCUCUACUACAAGAUGAACGGACAAAACCGACCAUUGAUCAAGCCUAAACGAAGAUUGGUGAGUUCGUUACAAAGUGCGGCCCGACGGGCGGGAACCUCGUGUGCGAACUGUAAGACGACCACAACGACAUUAUGGAGGAGAAACCAGAACGGAGAACCUGUAUGCAACGCUUGCGGACUCUACUACAAGCUACACAACGUAAACCGACCUUUGACGAUGAAGAAGGAAGGUAUCCAGACAAGAAAUAGGAAGUUAAGCAGUAAAAGUAAGAAGAAGAAGGGAGGAAUGGGAAUGGGCGGUGGGGGAGCUUGUGCUUUAGCGCUCGGCGGAGUCAUGGGAGACAUGAUCAAGCCUCUCGGAGACGCUACCAAAGGAUUCGGAGGCUCAGCCUUCCCGUCAGCUAUGGAUUUCGGUCAGCACCAAGUGGGCUUAGUCCACCCGGCGGCCGCGCACAUGUCCCACUGGUACGGAGCGCCCCAUCAGGGUUUCGCCCCACCACCGACCUCCCACAACCCUUACCAUCACCAUCACCUUGCGCAGCUCAAUUCUAUGACGGGUUGGAGGAGUGAAUACACGUGAUAAGUCAGCCAACUUGAGGACCUAGUAAUCGGAUAAGAAUAUUUGUAUCUCUCGUGAUAAUUUACACGUCUUAGCCGUCCUAGUCACAUGGGAUGAUCACAUGAUGGGAUGAAAGCAUGCCCCAUGAAGAAAUCCGAGGAAACCUUAGAAACAGACGCUGUGAUUUCAAACGAUUUACAGACUAAUCUAUAAAAGGAUAAGAUUUAUUUUAAAACAUCACAUUUUAAUGAGACUGCAAACUGAAUUGACGUUUGUAAAAUUUUACAAAAAAUAAUAAAAUAAUAUGCAGAAUUGUUUGAACAUAUCUGAUUCUGAAUACUUAUGUCCCAUUGUAAACCCCAAAUGAGACUUUAUUAUUCCGCGUUCAGUUUCCUUCAAGUAUUAUUAAUUAGUUCACAUCUGUCGUAUAAAAUAGAACAAUGACAUCACAGUAGAUAAGUAAUGCUAUUUACGGAAUUGUUUUUAGAAAAUAUUGAUCGAUCAGUAGAUUAGGAAGAAAGAGUCUUUAUUAGUUUAUCAAAUUAGUGGAAAAGGAAAAAGAACAUUUUAACAUAAAUCGUCAGACCCAUUUUAACAUAUGUGUUGAUUGAAAUCGGAGAUGGUAUAACAUAAAUGGGAACAGUGAGAACGGGAUAGCAAUGAACAAUGAAUUUUAUAAUUUUUCUAGAACGUAUACAGGUAAAAUUAAAGUAUCGAUAACAUGGCGAACAUUUUUCAAUUAGUUUUCACUUUAUAUGAGAGAUGUGAACUAACAUAAUUUGAAAAGUUAAGAACGAUUUUACAUGAAGUAACUAUACUAGCGAAAUUGUACAGUAUUAUAAUAUUAGCUAAGGUCGGUCACGAAGUCGGCUUAUACGAUAAGGUAAUAAGUAUAGUUCAAAAACAUUAUUUGUGUAUUUUGUAAAUAAAUUAAGUUACAAAUUCUGUUCCUUUGUAAAUUGCGUUUAAUUAUUAUUUUUUAUUAAAUAUUAUUUAAUUUUGUCGGAUUGUAUCGCUGUAAACGUUGCGAUGUGUUCAGAGAAUACGAGAAAAGAUUGUCUUUUUUUGUAAAUUUAUUUCUGUAAAUGUUAUCGAACGAAUGCAAUAGUAAUUUAUGUAAUAGAUAAUAAAACGUUGUAUUUGUAAAUAUUUACAGUUUUGAAUUGAGAAUUAAUUUUGAACGAUUUCAAGAGAAGCCGGUGACUAUAAUUGUACACUUUAUUUUGUAUAAUAUUAAUAUGUUGAUUUGAGAAAAGAAUUGUAUGAAACAAACAUAUGUAUAACAACUAUCUAUGCCGUUGUAAAAUUUUAAGAUAUCGAGUGGCCAUACAUUAAGAGGUGUCAUUUUUAUCAAAAUAUAAUGAAUUUUGUUUAAUUUAUUUUCCAUUUGCAACUAAAAAAAUAUUAUUGAAGAACUAAUGAAUAAAUUCUUAAAAAAAAUAUUCGCUAUAUAAGUACUUCAUUGUGAUUUUGAUAAACAAGGCAUUUGAACCCCAAAAAAUGUAAAUAUGAAAGUGUAAAUUAAACAGUAGACGAUAAAUUAAAAUGUUUAUUAAAAUAAUUAAAAAGACGUGUACAUUAGAAAUCGCCACAAACAGCCUUUAUUUACGAUAUCCCUUACCUAAAGUUUUUAGUUUAUAAAACAAAACAUUGUGAAGUUGUGUAUUUUAAAUGAAGUUGUGA